CUUCUCACUUUCCCACACGCAAACUUAAAAAAUAUCUCUUUGCUAUUAAAAUAUCUUACUAUAUGAUAUAUGAUGAUUUAGUUAUUCUUUGUAACCUCAGAGAAAGAGAGUGGUGGAGAAGCAAAGCAAAUUUGAAGGCACAAAAAGAGUGUGAGUGAUUUGAUUCAAUGAUGGCUGCAACAACAAAUGUAUCAAUGUUUGGUUAUUCCACGCAACCUUGUGUUUCUCCUACCACCAUUCAAAACACGCUUGCCAAUAAUUUUCUCAAUGUUUCACUACCAAGAUGUUAUUACCCCAUGAAGAAGAGACAUGUGAAACCAAGUAAAAGGAUUAGUGCUGCUGCUGCUGCUGUUGAAACAACUCCGUAUCAGGAAAUUCAGGAGUACAAGCUUCCAUCAUGGGCCAUGUUUGAACUUGGGAGGGCACCUGUAUAUUGGAAAACCAUGAAUGGCCUCCCUCCAACUUCAGGAGAAAAGCUAAAGCUUUUUUACAAUCCAGCAGCAGCUCAACUUUCACCUAAUGAAGAAUUUGGAGUUGCUUUUAAUGGAGGUUUUAAUCAGCCAAUUAUGUGUGGUGGUGAGCCAAGGGCUAUGCUAAGAAAAGACAGAGGCAAAGCUGAUAGGCCAAUUUAUACCAUCCAAAUAUGCAUUCCUAAGCAUGCUUUGAACUUGAUCUUCUCAUUCACAAAUGGAGUGGACUGGGAUGGUCCAUAUAGGUUACAGUUUCAAGUUCCCAAAGGUUUUCAGAACAAGCCAAUUGAAUUCUUUAAUGAGGGAUUGGCAGAGGAACUGAGUAAAGAUGGAGCAUGUGAGAAAGCAAUAUUCCCAGACACAAGUGUAGUCAUGACCAGAUGUGCUAUAACUGGUAACUUAUCAUUAGAAGGGGCUGAUAGAUGCAAUCUAGAUCUUGUUCCAGGGUGCACAGAUCCUAACUCAAUAGAGUUCAACCCACUAGCCACUUUUGAUGAUGGAACAUGCCCCAUUGAUGCUGAUUCUGACCCUGAGGAUUAGAAUUGUAUAUAUAUAUAUACCUAAAAUACUGAUCUUUUAGUAAUUUUAAUUAAUAUAUAUUAUAUAUAUUUUUUAUAAUUAAAAUUAACCGUUAAAGU